AAGAAAAGAUAAACUUUAUUGUAUAAAGUUGCAUUUUAGCCUCAUAUACUUUUGAAGUUGUUUUGUAAUAAUUUCUCAACUUUGGCUGUGGUUUCCUGGUAACUUCUCGGAGUAAUUUGAUGUAUAUAUAAGAAUUUGCUAAAAUUGCACGAUCGUAUUUUGGUUAAUUAUAUCGUUAAAUUUAUUUAAGUUGAACAAAAUGAAAGUUUUUUGACUGUUUGAUUUUACUUUACCUGUUCAUUAAAUUAUAAGCAGAGUUUUUCUAUAUUAGAUUACAAGUAGAAAACAGAUGCGGAUUUGGUAACAAUAAAAUUUAAAUAAAAUGUCUAAUGAAGUUACUAUGGCCAAUAAAGUCGUAUUUAUUUACUUAUCUUUGAGUUUUCUACCGCUUGCAAAAUUGGCAAACGAGCCUACGUGGAAAGAAAUCCAAACAAAGUUAGAACAACGUAUGGCUGAGGUUUUUGACGAUAAACUGCAAUUACAUAGUGGAGAGUUUUUUAAGUAUAAAAUAUCUGGAGAAUUUCCGUACGAAGUCGACGUUCAAAGUUCUAAAGAAUUACCAAAAUGGCUGCAGUUUGAUUCUAAAAAAAAUAAACUUCAAGGAGUUCCUACAGACGAAGAUAUAAAAAACGAUUUAAAAAUAGAAUUUCGAAAGAAAAGUGAAAAUUCUAUUAAUGGAAUGGAUAGUGAAGUACGAAGGCUAACGAUUGAUGUUCGACCUAGUAGAGAACAGCGUCUUUUUAAAUGCAAAGACGAAAACAUGAAUCCCUUUAUUGGCUCUGUUAUUUUCUAUGAUGAUAUUAAAAAAAUGACCGGCAACAAAAGAGUAGAUAUUAUGCGCGAGUUUGCGAGUCGUUUGGAUACUAAACCACAAGAUCUUUACUUAGAAGUCGGAAAUCGAAUGGAUAAAAUUGAUGUAAUUGAACAAACUCCGCAAAUGGCAGGUCCUGGAGAUAAAGAUAUUGGUGAUAAAGUUCCAAUGUUUACCAUAUCAUGGGUUAUCCAUUGUGGAAAUGAUUUAGCUGGUUCCAAACCUCUCGCUUUAUUGCGUCGUUUAUCUGAAGCGCAAGAUUUCUCUUCUGAAUUUAGUGUGAAAGUAUUGGGUUGGCUCAUUACCUCUUUUAAGAGCCACAAACUUUAUAAAAGAGCUGUCGGAAAUUCUGGAAAUACUGUUAGCAUCCUGCAAGCUACUCCUACUCUUUUACUGCCUUCCCUUACAACCGCAUCUGCUAUAAAAAGCGUAAGUCCCUCUCCUACGACUUCAAUUAAAAUAAUGAUGAGCACAAGCGUUCAUUCACCAAAAAUCAGAACUGAACCUGAUGUAUUAACUACAUCAGAUACAAUUACGUCUAAAAUGCCUUCUCCUGUUACCCCCAAAAAACCAGAAGUUUCAAACAAGCGACCUGAACUUUGCAAUAGCAUUGAAAACAUAAAGUUGUUUGCCAUGUCAGCAUUUGAAAUUAAAGUGCCGGUCAAUUUAUUUAAUGAUCCUGAAAAAGAAGAAUUAACCAUUUCUGUAAAUCGUAUGACAAAAAAUAACGAGUUGAAAAAAUUGCAACCUGGACAUUGGGUUGAAUAUGUUGAUAAAAACAUUUAUAUUUUCCCUGGUGUAGAAAAUAUUGGUACGCAUCAGUUUUCUUUAACUGCUACAGAUCCUUCGGGUCUUUUUGUUAACGCCAUGUUUUUAGUCACUGUUGAAGCAAAAAAAAAUUAUAGCCAUAUUUUUAAUUUAAGACUCGAUGAGGAUUUUUCAUUAUUUAAGAGUGUACAAAGUCGAGUGGAAUUAAUCAAAAAAUUAGCUACUAAAACAAAGUAUGAAUUAAAAGAUAUGCAAGCAAUAGAAAUAUUGCCAGGUUCAGUAAUCAUAAAUUGGGCUGUAGAUGAACUCAACGGGUGUAACAAUCCUCAGGUGAUAUCAUAUUUUCAGUUGAUAAGUAGUACACAGUUUAAAGAAUUCUUUUAUAAAGUAAACAGCACAAAUUUGGUUGAACUAGCAAAUUGUUCGUCACCUGCACUUGCAUCAGCAGAAAGCGCGAGUGGCAGUCUUGCGGCACGUAUUAUUAUUCCAGUUAUUGCAAUUAUAAUAAUUCUGAUUCUUAUUGCCAUUAUCUUGUGUUGUUUAUAUCGAAGAAGACAAAGAUACCAACCUAAAGAUGAGGAUAGCUAUGUUCGAAAUCACAAGAAACCGGUCAUUUUUCGCGAAGAAUACGAAGAAAAGCAGCCGGCAUUUGUCAGUUUACAGCCUCUUAUAUUACCAAAUGAAAAGCCACCUGUUCCGACGGCUUACGAACCUAAAUUGGAAUCCCAAGAAUCUUCUACGGAGUCUAAUGGUAGCGAUGAUAGAGUUUUUUUAACGCCUGGUUCACCAAAAGACAAUGGUAGGAAAGGGUAUAACGCACCUCCUCCGUAUAGCACUCGUUAAUUUUAAGCUCAGUUUUUUAUUGAGCAGGAGAACAGUUAAUUCAGUUACGAUCUAGCCAAUGAAAGCAAUUGCAGCAAUAUUAGUUGUAAGUAAAAUACUGCAAUUGUUUUAUCCAACAACAUUCGGUUAUGUUUAGUUCAGCUUUUUAAUUUUAUAUCAUUUCCAUUUAUCAUAUUUUAUAUAUUUAAAAAAAAAUCCGAACAAAAGAUUUUUAGCUUUUGAAUUAACACUUUUAUAUUACUGUAUAUUUAGAACUGUAGAUUACAAUUUUGUAUGUUUCAAGACAUGUGUUGAUAGUUAUUUUAAAAUUUUUCUUAAAGAAUAUUUCCAUCAUCUUAACGAUGGAUUUCAGAGUUCAUUUUUUUGAAUUUAUCUGUAUUUAGAACACUUAAAGAACACUUAAAAAGUCGAAAAAAAAGUUAGAGACAAAUUCAAAAAUAAUUUUAGUAACAAAUCUGUAUUUAAGACCUAAAAGAAAUAUGCUUUAAUCUUGUUUUCUUCUUCAUACUGCUUUAACCUUCAAAAUACCUUCCUAAAUUUGAAAGAAGUGUGUCGAAGGAUCUAAAGGGUUAUCUGAGCUUGAUGAAAUCUAUCUGAAAAUAUUGAGCUUGUCUAAUUUGUAAAAUUGUAAAAAGAAAAUUUUAUAAAUAUUCUUUAUUAUUACUGAA